UAAUUUCUAAUCCACUGGUGCCUGACGUGCUCUUGCGAGUCGAAAAAUGUCGCAGCAACGCGCCACAGAACAUAAUAACAACGAUGUGAUUGACGUGGACGACGACGACGAGGAUGAGGACGUGCAAUUUGUGGGAAUCGUCCGCCCCAUGACCACCAUUGAUCUCUGCCUGUCGCCUUCGACUUCCGCGGCGGCUGCAGCUGCCGCUGCAGGAGGAACUUUAGCAAGAGCUUCCGGAGGUGCUCCUCAUCAAGAUCCUUCAUCUCCUGCUGUGACCACACCCCCAGGUGUUGUCUCAGCCCCUACAACGCCAGAUGCAGCUGGCAAAAGCAUCAACGUGGAAGCAGCAACAACUACUUCUGGCGAGGAUUCCUCAUUACCAUUAGCUGCUGCUGGUGCCCUGGAGUGCCCCAUCUGCUUGCAAACCUGCAUCCAUCCAGCACGUCUCCCCUGUGGCCACAUCUUUUGUUUCUUGUGUGUUAAGGGUGUUGCCUAUAAGAAUCGACGCUGUGCAAUGUGCCGCCGCGAGAUCCCCGCCGAAUUCCUGGACCAUCCACAACUGGUUAAUGGCAUCGAGGACAUCUGCACCACGCGAGCUACGGAAGACGGAUACCAAUGGUACUAUGAGGGUAGGAACGGUUGGUGGCAAUAUGAUGAUCGUACUAGUCAGGACAUCGAGGAGGCCUUCAAGAAGGGCGACAAGUCAUGCACUAUCCUGGUGGCCGGCUAUGUCUACAUAGUGGACUUGGAGCAGCUCGUACAGCAACGCCAAAACGAACCCACUCGUUGUCGCAGAGUUAAGCGGGAUCUGGCCACCAUACCUAAGAAGGGGGUGGCCGGUCUCCGCAUCGAGGGCAAUCAGGUGACCAGUGACACCGUCUUCAGUAGGACAACCAGCACAGCCUCUCCAGCCACCGUGGCAGCAGCUGCCUAGUUUAUAUCGACGAUUGCAGCAACGGAUGCGGCCAUUAGGAUUGCUAGCGACAUCAUCGGAUCCACGCUGGCACAUGCGGAUGAGCUCACUCGAGGAUUGACGGCCAGCAACAUUAGCGAUGACCCCAGCAGCAGCAGCAGCAGCAGCGGUGAGCAAACCAAUUCCACAAAUCCGCAGAUAGCAGGCCGCUCGCCUGUCUCGCCGUCCUCAAGAUCGAUGCAGGACCUCAUCACACAGGACUUGAGAAAUACCCAACAGGUGAUUGCCCACAAUCAGCAUACCAUAGAUCUCUUCGAGCAGGCCUUGAACGACUUCCAGGCAUUAACUAUGCGCAACUACGUGGACACUAGCGAUGAGGAAGAUGAAAACGGAGCUCAGGAUCAGGAGCAGGAGCGAGAGCAGUUGGAGGCAGGCGAGCAGCCAAAGUCCACCGAUAAACACCAGGGAUACUAGAUAUUACAUCCAAUUGGCAGCUUAGCCCCUUAGCUUAAACCUGAAGAAAAGAUCAAUGUUCCUUUUAGCAGAUUUCACU